GAAGAAUUUCAGGCAAUGAAGAUAACACUUCAUAAUUUGAAGAAUGAAGAAUAUAAUUUAAAACGAAUACAAACUGAGAUUAUAUUAGAACAACAGAAGGAAAUUGACAUUUAUGCAUCACUUACAACUAAAUUGAAAUUUUACAAUAAAAACUGCAAAAAAAAUAACAGUGAAAAAUUUUAUUUAGAAACUAAACAUCUGCAAAGAAUAAUUAAGUCUCUAGAGCAGGAUAUUGCCUGUAAGGAGGAAGAAAUUAUAUCCUGCAGAAAAACAGAACAACAACAACAAAAACUUGAUGAUCUAAAACUUCAAAUAUCUGACUUAGAGAAAAAAAUUGCUGUUUUAGAUAUUGAAAUACAUAACAUAGAAAGGGAAACAUUUAUGGAUUUAAUGAAGUUGGUUUUGAAGCAAGAAGCCACAAAAUAUUAUGAAGCCAUCAGAAAUGGAAAAUAUGUUAUGUCUUCAAAAAUUUCGGCAUUUUCUAGUGCCUUAAACAUGGAAAAAAAUAAUUUAAACAAAAUGAAAAAGAUAUUUGAGUCAAUCUGUGAAGAUUAUCCAAAUUUAAUUCAAGAAUUUGAAAAUAUUUUUGAUUGUAUGGAAUCUGCCAAAAUUAUAUAUUAAUUGUACUCUUUUAAAGUUUUAAAAGAAAUAUGUUUAGAAAAUAUAAAUAGAUCAAUUGUAUGUAUUAUUUUUUACAGUUCUAAAAAUACAGAACACAU